GUCCAGGGCAUUGCCAUUCGCCAGGGAGAGUGCAAGCCACAUGAAGGCAACAAACCGGAUUCCAUUAUCCACAUUAAGAGCUUGAGAGAUAGCACUGCACUGUUGAAGAGGCCACGGCAAUGGAGAGGGCGCCGGCUCUGUGUCUUAUGAUCACCUUGCUGGCAUUCUACCUCUUGGUUCCCUCCAGUGCUGUACCCCUCUCAAGACUGCAAAAGAUGCCCAUGGAAGAGGCUGUCCAGAUGCCAUCGGUGAAAGGCAGCACUCUAGAGCCAAAGAUGGAAAUGAAGAGGUUUGUGCCGGAGGAUGACGAAUCUGUAAUCUCCGAGAGGAUGGCCUUCGAGACUCAGGACUACGGUCCCCCAGGGCCCAACAACCACCACAAGCCACCGGGAUGGAGAUGAGCAGCGUCACAGCGAUCACUUUGACCAGUACCGUGCUCUUGGUUGAUGCUCAAGAAACGUGAUGUUUUCAAAAAAAAAGUGAUAUUUGUGGCUGAUUAUUAUUACAAUUGAAUAAUAUAGAUAGCUGUGUGGUUACACGGUGGUACGUAAAGUUCGUGUGGUUAAAAAAAUCAUACCAUAUUUAGAAUGAAUUUUGUAAGCUUCCUGCGGAAUUUUGGUCCAUUAUUAGAAUUUUGUGCAAAAGAAAAUUGUGUGAUGCGCAAUUGUAAAGUCUAGAAUAUGAGCCACAAAGCCUAGCAACUCCUGUUUGGCCCAACACCAGCUGUCGCAACCUUAGCCUAUCUGUCAUCACGUGAUGGUGGGUUUGGCAUGACUCUUAACUCUAGAAAAUUCAUGGAGUUCUUGGAGGUGCCUAUAUCCAGCUUCAGAAAUCCUUGAAGCUAGAGUUGUAAAUAAAUCAAGAGUCUUUUCCUCGGUCA